AUAAUAUUUCAAAAUUUUAGAAAAUAUAAUAGUAUUUUAAAAUUUAUUCAUAAAUAAUAUACCGAUUCUAUCAAAAAAUUUUAUUCCUAUUAUUAAUGAAGGCACAAAUAUCUCAUGUUUUGAUAGCAAUUUAUAUGACCUUAUCUUUACUUUAUCAUGCCAAAUUCGUAAUAUCAGACAAGGUGAGCCGACUCAAUAUGAUGAACUCCAAAGACGAAGCUCAUUCUUUAAACAAAAUAGAAUGGGAACCAAAACAUAUCGUAGCCAACGGCCAUAAAGCAGAUGAUAGCAAAACAUUUCCUAUUCCGAAGCGCAACUAUAAUGAACAUUCUGAAUCGCCCAAAGAUUUUAUGAAAAACAAAAUUAAUAUCAGGUAUAGUUACGUUAAUGGAAAACAAAAAAUCCCGUUUAAAAUAGUAAAGGAGACUUGUUUAAACUAUGUGAAGCAAUCUUUGUUUGGUCAACAUUUUAAUUUUUUGAAGGAUAAUAUUUCAGAUUUUCUAGAAUCUAGCAAUAGAAAUACUAACAUCAAAGCAUUAAGGGAAGAGAUUGACACAAUUUCUGAUUUAAUUCAAAAUUUGGAACAAAAGCAAAAGCAAGGGAUAACUCAAAUGUCAUUAGAUUCCUUCAUUAUCAAUGGAUUAGCUGAUCAGACCGAUGCAUAUCUCAAAAACACAUUUUAUCAUCCUAAUCUAGGCUUCUUGGGCAGUGAGGUAGACAAAGUCUCUAACAGAAUGGUCCAUGAAUUGUUCAACAAUGAAUUCGAUGAUGACUUUAUUUUAGAAGAUACAUUUUUGGAAGACUCUGAUUUACAUUUAAAAGCCUCAUCAGAUUUGGUAAAACGUCACUCUGCUCACAAACAAAACUCACACAUAAUCAAUCAUGAGAACCGUAAAGCAGCUAAUCGUAAAAAAAGGAAUGUAUUAGGUACUACCGUUUAUCCUGCUCAAAAUCUGUCCUCCAUAACAGUUGUAGUUACCAAAAGUUCGCAUGUUUUAGCUAAAGAUAAUCUUAAAAAGGCUCUGAAAAUGAAAGAACAACAAGAAAAAAAAGCUGAAGCUGUUAGAAAUGCUCGUAAACAGUUAUUUAAACAACACACCAAAAAUCUUAAAAGUCUCAGAUCAGGGUGCGAACGGAAAGCAGCUCAUUCCGAAUUUUUAAAGAAGAUGGCCCAACAAAAGGUCAGUGAAUUAAAGUUAACGAUUCACAGAACUAAAGUAGAAUUAAAAAAAAUAAUCAAUGCCCAAAGAAAAAAAGAAAGUCUCAAAGCCAUUCAAAUAUCAAAAAUGAUUAAGCUAAAGGAUAUGAAGAUUAAACAACUACGAGAAAAAUCUUUGCAAGUUAGACAAAGGGCUCUAAAAAUAAAGCAAAAUAGAUUGAAAGAAAGGGGUGAAAUCUCGUCAAAGAAAGUUAAUAUAAAAAAAAGUCUUGCUGCUAUAAAUAGGAACAUUACUCUAGCAGCUGACAGCAUAAAAAGGAAUACAAAAAAUGAUAUGAGCAUGAAUUACUUUUAAACAACAAAUUACGUAUAAUAUUUUUUAAAAAACAAAAUAAAGAUUCUAGGAGUGAGUCUUACGUGUACAUAUGUCAUCGCUUGGGUAUUAUUGUAUAUUUUUACUUUUAUAACCUAUAUAUUUCAAUAUAUUUAAUAGCGCAAGC